AUUCUCAGUGCUCGGGAGCUCGGGAGCUCGGGAGCUCGGGAGCUCGGGAGGCGGGAGCCGAGCUCCGAGGGCGGGCGCGGGCUGACAGCGGGGACCGCGACGCGGACGACUCGACUCGGGCGCGAGAGGUAUGCAGCUAGAAGCAUUGAAUCCUGAGUGGAGGGGCAGCCAUUAGCACACUGAAAGCCAAGCCCUUCUGGGUGAAGGUCCCUGGGAGAACGCAGACCCACUUCCUGCAUUCCCUCCAUCCUGCACACAUCCAGCAAGCACAGAGGGCUCUUGGAGGAGGCUGUCCCAAAGAUUCCUGCUGAUGCUUGUCUGAUCCUGCCUUCUGUGAAGCAUGGCCCCCACAGGAUUACGGGACAAAUCAUAGUCCCUGAGCCUCGCUGCUCCUCUGGGACUUUUACAGCCCCACUUGGCUCCAGGUGCUGCCAAGCCUCGAGACUCCCAUCCCAACAAUGCCUUCAGGAGCCAUGGCCACGGCUGUAUGAGACCAUUUGCAGAACAGGACUUGACCCUGCUACCCAGCAAGCCUUCCCUCGUAACUUCCCCCUGCCUCCCAUGUCUAGCUACCAGGGCAGACCUAGAGAAUGUCUGUGCCCCGGAUCCAAGUGGAAGAAGUGGGUGAGAAAGACAGGCCAGCAGGGGCAGCCGUCCCUCCCGACGACCACCUCCUCAGCCUGAAGGCCCUCACUGAGAAACUGAGGCUAGAGACCCGAAGACCCUCCUACCUGGAAUGGCAAGCCAAGCUGGAGGAGCAGACAUGGCCUUUCCCGAGGCAAGCUGCCCAGCGAGAGGCAGGUUUGGAGCAGGGAGCAUGUGGAGGUGGAGAGCCUUUGAUCCCUCUAAGGGAGCCCGGAGAGCUUCUCCCACCUGCCAGGAGUGCCAGCAGGGGUGACAGGCCACUGACCACGGGCAAGCUGGAAGGCUUCCGGAGUAUCGAUGAAGCUAUAGCCUGGCUCAGAAAGGAACUGGCGGAGAUGCGGCUCCAGGACCAGCAGCUGGCCAGGCAGCUCAUGCGCCUCCGAGGAGACAUCAACAAGCUGAAGAUCGAGCAGACCUGCCGCCUGCACAGAAGGAUGCUCAAUGAUGCUGCCUUUGAGCUGGAGGAGCGGGAUGAGCUGUCCGACCUCUUUUGCGACUCUCCUCUGGCAUCCUCUUUCAGCCUUUCCACACCGCUCAAGCUCAUUGGCGUCACCAAAAUGAACAUCAACUCCAGAAGGUUCUCUCUCUGCUGAGAAGCCUUGUGAUAGAAGGGGGACCAGAGCCAAGGGCGAAGCGGGGAGUGGGAAGGCUCAGGCCAAGUUAGCCAAAGUAGAUCUCUCCGAGACCGUUCUGGGGAGUGAAAGGCCUCAGGACCUGGUGGGAGUAUGCUAGCGGCUUCAGCUUUGCAUUCCUGGGUCCUUAUAUUCAAUACCCAAAGAGUCUGCAGACACUAUGUAAGACAGGGGUCUAAGCAGGAUCUCAUGGCCUUCCCCUCCUGUGGCCUACUUUCCUGUGUUCUAGAAUCAUUGGUGCUAAGAUGUUGGAUCCCAAAGGGGAGCUCCUCACUACACACAAACACACAAAACUUGUGGGUUUUUUUUUUUUUAACAGAAAGCUCUCCUCAACAGAAGUUGGGAAGAUUAAAUUAUGUAAGGAGCACCAUCUCUCGUGUGCUGUUCCCACCCUCUUAGUCGUAGCUCUAAUUGCCCCGAGGUAGGUGCCUCGGUAACCUAGGCAGGGGUGCGCUAGGACAAGAAAACCUAAAGGAAUAACAAGGUGGCACAUGGGAAUGCAGGCUUCGCUUUGAUGGCCACCAGCAUCCCUGGGAAGGGGCUCCACCCAGCUUCUCUGAACCUGAGCCUUGCUUGCUACAAGGCCAUGCUGUCUCUAGCUGGCCUUGUAUACCUUUGGCAGAGCACCUUGUAUACCUUUGGCAGAGCAACCUAGGUGCCCCGCUGUCUCCUGUCAUGACCAUUUCAGCUACUUCCCUGCCACCCACAACCCCAGGAGAGCACCUAACAGGCCACUAGUGACUAAAGCAGGCAGAUGGGAGACAGAUUUCCUACAAGUGAGUGCUACUGUAGGGGGCAUGACAGAGGGCUCCUGGUGGGACAUGAUACUGUCACCUGUCUCACUUUAUCCUCAGCACCAAAGACCCCAGGGAUCCCAGACACCUAUCCUGAGCCUCUCCCAAGGCUGUGCCUGAACUAAGCAAUGAAUUUUAAUUGACCAUGACUGUUAACUAGCAAGUUGCUAACUCCUUAAUACCUGUCUGAUUCUUGUUCUGAUUCUUGUUCACAUGGAGAACCAGUUGAGUAAGCUAGGCAGAGUCUAGGGUUUCGUCUUCAGAGUUUUUUCCUAACAGCACGCUUGAGAUCAGUAAAAUGUUAAGCUCAUCAAUUCAGGGAAAACCUUGAAGAGCACACCUGGCCACGUGUAAUCCUGUUAACAUAAGUUUCUUAGAUACUGGGUGUGUCUAGUGAGGCCUGCUCAUUAGCAGAGGGGCAGAGUGAGGCCAGGAAAGAAAAUGGCUUCCUCCACUUACCUGGCUGCUCAGUGGCUGUAGAAUAUGAAGGUGUGACAUCUUUGUGAGUCAGGCCUGGAUGGAGCUCCUUGCCAAUGAACUUGAACUCCAAAAAGAUGGUCCUGAUGCUCUGGCAAACCCACAAGUUGCCAACUUCUCUCUCCUUCCCUUUCAGACCCCCACUCAUUCUUCCCACAUGGCAAUCCUGAGUAUCGGGAGGGCAGAGCAUAAUGCCCAGAUGGUGGACUCUUGGCACUGAUCACUUGUCAGAGUCCUGUGGUCCACACUGACUGUUCUCUCUCUAUAUAAUGUUUCUUCCUCCUGACUAUCCCCAUGGCCACAACACACCCAGGGAGAAGCUGGACUGGGAAGAUACAACUGAAUGGUCUCUUCCUUGAGAAUUCAAAGAGCCAGAUGGUUGUGUUUUUUUUUUUUUAAAGGUAGAACAAGCCAAGAUUUCUUAAGAGCCCUGAAGUCCAGAGACCUUGAUCCUAGCCCCUUCCUAACUACACAAAAGUCCAAGAGGCCUUUAUUUUCCAUCACCUCCUUUCUCCAGUCACCCUCUGGCCGUCACACACACACCACUUCACAGAGAACACGUGAAAGAAGGGAGGCCAUCCCAUAUUCUAAAAAUAAUGUCAAAUUGAUUAUAAGAAAUGAAUCAGGGGUUGGGGAUUUAGCUCAGCGGACAGCGCUUGCCUAGCAAGCGCAAGGCCCUGGGUUCAGUCCUCAGCUCCGAAAAAAAAAAAAAAAAUUAGUGCAGGUCUUUAGUGCCAGCACUCAGGAUAUCUCUUGAGGAAGGAAGAUCAGGAGUUCAGGAUUAGUCUAUGAUACAUAGUAAGUUCUCCAGGUCAGCCUGGGCUACAUGAGACUAUGUCUCAAAAGCAUCAAAAAGGGGGAAAGACAUCAGUCAUUACAGUAACUGACACCUUAGCUUAGAGCAAAACAGAGUGAUCAAAUUGGAUGUGGUCAGUGGCUAAAUAUGUGGCUAAGCAGUUUGUGCUCAGCUAACCCAGCAUCUUCCUCCUGCUUUUGUCCUUUGAGGAAACUUUGUCCCAGCUGUGGGUUUGGAUAGGUUAGAUGUCUCUCAGCUUAAGUUGUUCAUCCCAAGAGAAUCUGAUUCUGGGAUGAGGAGGGAGGGUGGGGAGGGGAUCAAAAAGGUGGAGGGGAAAGCUGGUUUGUAUUCUUACAUGCAGCCUAAUAUCUGUUAGCUCCCUGCCUUCCACUGUAAACUCACACCAUUAACUGUUCAUUCUACUUGUAGAAUCCCUGCAGAGAUGUCUAUAGGCCAGUGCCGACAUUAGCCGCCUUCCACAGCCAGCUUCCUGGCUUACUGUUUGUACACAGUCCUGUUUGAUGUGUCCUCAUUAGCCAUCUCCAUGUUCCCCUCCCCCCCAGGUGAGACUCAAAAUAUUCACUGUGCUGCCACAAGGUCAUGUCCAGUGCCUUCAUGGGCUCAGUAGCAAUCACAGAGGCCUAGAGGGCCUGGACAGGCCUGACUACAACCUGGCCUCAUCCAAGAUCUACCCCUGUAGCAAUACCAAGUGCUAUUACAUAAUCAAUGGACAAUUUAAAAUGUUAUUUUUAUGAUUAUUUGUUUCUAUAUUACUGUUAGAAAAAGUGAAAUAAAAAUAUU